AUGACAGAAUUUUCUACUUGUCAUUCCUAUCCAGAUGGGCAGUAUAGAUGCGUGACAGGACAAAAAAUAGUGCGACAGCAAGUGAUGAAAGCAAGCUUAGGCCUGCGAGGAGACAACAAGAGUGGAACAUGCCGAAAUUACAGCCAUACUCAUGGCAUAUGGGGUACUCGGCUUAUAAUGUUCAUCUGCUUGCUUUCAAAAUUCAUUUGUUAUGUAUUGGGAGGUUGGCAUGAACGCCAAGCAUUACCGAGUGAUAGCAUCGUUAUUCCAUUCACCAAUGGAAUAACUGAGGUUCCCAAAUGCACACAUAAACUAUCACUUAAGCAGGGCGCAAGGACAUGCGAUUUCACCAAUAAUAUGAGUGAGAACAAUCAAGUAUGGCCGUGCGAGGUCACGACAAUGGUGAAACAUACCAACAUUGUGCACAAGCCCACCCAUGCCAAGCGUGAACAGGCUCCGGCUGGUGCGCAAAGAUGUUUCUUUCACUUUCUGAAGAAGAUGGCGUCAAGAUUUGAAGUAGGAGUCCUUCGACGAUAUGGAACAUACUUCCGACACGGUGGUACUUUGCCCGACAUCGAUUGGGUCUCGCUCACUUGGUGGACAGUUGUCGUUCGCUGGAAGAUUGUGUCUUUUCCUCUUGGCCCCGAAAUCGCGAACCUUAACUUCGACGUGGCGGUUGUUGAUGCCUCUAGAUCGUUCAUUAACUGUUGCUCCACGUUGUCGCUAAGUUUGAGGUGGAGUAAUUUCUCUGAUGUCCCUCUUCGUAUUACGUAUCACAGCCGCCAGCAUACCGCGCGCUCCGCUUUUCCCUUUCCAAUACACCACACCUUCAAUUCUGCCCCACUUGAAACUUUCACACCACCGCAUACUUGGUGCCUAUCUGCUAGGUCAAUCAAUGAACUCGACGGCCGAAACAUCAUUUCCAAAACGUUGGAGAGCAAAUUAGCGGCGAAUACGUCACAAAUCGACGGUCUCAUCAUGUCCGAACACUAA